AUCGGUAUCCCCGAUCUCUCUAUCACACCCUCGAGUUUGCGCACUGGGUGCAUUGCAUAUGGCGGAAAGCUCAAAUCAGGAAAGAAGAGAUUUUUGCCUGAGUUCUGCCUCCUGUUCUCGCCGUUCGUUCGCUCUCGGGAUGGUCGCUCACGCCGCGGCCGUGGUUCUUGCCGCCGUAGUGCUGUACACGGCAUGGCCUGGAUCCAGUCUAUUUUCCUGGCACCCAACUCUGAUGGUGAUUGGAUAUGGUCUCCUGAUGACAGAGGCUAUCCUUAUGUUCUCCCCGGAGAGCUCCCUCAUGAUCAACGCCAUGCGAAAGUCCAAGGUGCGCUUCCACUGGAUCCUGCAAGGUGGCGCUGUUGUCUGCGCUGUGGGAGGCUUUGCAGCCAUCUAUCUCAACAAGGAGCGCGCGGGCAAGGACCACUUCACAUCCUGGCACGGACUCAUUGGCAUAACAACUGUCAUCUACUCCCUUGUGCAAUCCAUGGGGGGAAUCAACCUGCUGUACCCAAAGUUGAUGAAAAACUGGAUGACCCUAGCACAGUUGAAGAUGUACCAUGCCACGUUUGGUUUGCUGGGGUAUGCCCUGGGGUGCGGGAGUCUGGCACUGGGCAUCAACUCUAACUGGUUUUCGCGAGAGGUGGAGGGUGUGUUGUGGGUGGUGUGUCUCUGCUGUCCGGCCAUACUGGCCCUGGUCAUCAUGCAGCAGGUCACCACUGCCUAUCUGGGAAGACGAAUCAAGAUUUAAACCCAAA